AUGGACGACGAGCGACUACCCAAACGACUCUUCUACGGAGACGUCGCGACGGGUUCUCGUCGUCAAGGAGGCCAAAUUCGCCGUUACAAGGAUGCUCUGAAGUCCUCCCUGAAGCGCCUGCAAAUCAACCCGACCAACUGGGAAGAGCUCGCUCGCGAUCGUCCGACAUGGAGGAGAACAGUGAAGACGGGCGCUGCUAUCUAUGAAGCCAACUGAAUCGCCGCCGCCAAAGCGAAACGCGAAGCCCGCAAAUCACAACUUCGCCCAGUCCGCAACGCCGCCGCACAACCUCCCCCUACGUGUCCUCGAUGUAAACGGACAUUCCGGGCUCGAAUCGGACUUGUUGGACAUCUCCGAAACAACUUCACCUCUCGAACUGCUCCAGCCAUCGUCCCCCCGCCCGCCUCUUCCUCGUCCUCUCUUCCGCCAACUAACUCUGACACUCCUUCUGCACCACCACUUCCAUCCUCCUCCUCCUCCUUCUCCUCCACUACCCCAGCGGCGGCCGUUCAGACUGCCGUCUCACACAUCACCAACCCCGACACAAUAACCGCCACCACCCCCACCUCUCCCGAUUCCAGUGAUGAGGAUCAGGACUACACCUGCCCUCACUGCGACCGCACCUUCACCUCUCGCAUCGGCCUGGUCGGUCACUUGCGAAUCCAUCGCACAGAGACUGGCGAACCAGUGUCUGGAGCACCAACCUACACCCACCGCACUCACCUCCACUGCCCACACUGCCCUCGCACCUUCACGCAUCGCAUGGGUCUAUUCGGCCACAUGCGCAUCCACGACGACCUGCGGUAG